UUACUGUUUGAAAAUAAGAAUAAAGAAUUAGAGAGAAAAAAACGCGGCUGGUGUACCCCAAACCAGAUUCUCCUCCGGUUUUUUAGUCGUUUACCUUCCUCAUUGAUUGCGUCUGAAGAAAGAUCGUAAAAACUUAGCACUUACCAAGCUCCAAUUUCAGCGAUUUUGAACAAUUUGGUCAAGAGAUCGGCUAAUUAGCUGAUAAUAUCAAUAUUCUCUGUGUGGGUGAUUAAUUUUUACUUCCGAUCUUGAUGUUUUUGGAGAAAUCUUAUGUGGGUUUUGAUGGGUUUUCGAUUAUUUGAAUUUGGUAGAUGAGAUUUUAAGUUUUGUUGCAAGUUCUUGCUGUUUAAGAUAUAGAAAAGCAAUUCAUAUUGCUUUGUUUUGGAUGAUUUCUGUUGGGAGUAUAGAUGAAAAGAAGGGGCUGAGUUUGAGGUAUGGUUUUGAAGGUGGAAAGAUGGAAAUAACGACGACUGAUAUCGAAGAAGGGGAAGCUUGUUUUCAGAGUAAUUAUGAUGAUGCUUCAACAAUUGACCCUGAUAUCUCUCUCUCUUAUAUUGAUGAGAAAAUUCAAAAUGUUUUGGGACAUUGUCAGAAAGAUUUUGAGGGUGGAUUUACAGCUGAAAAUUUGGGGGCAAAGUUUGGGGGAUAUGGUUCGUUUUUGCCCACUUAUCAGCGUUCUCCUGUUGGGCCUCAUCCAAAGACACCUUUGAAACUUCAUGCACACAGUGCACCUGAAUCUCCAAAUCCAAAUAAUGUACAUAUAGAGGCUUCCCAAUCAAGUGCAUCACAACCAUCAAGAAAAGGGUCAUCUGCUAAUGGCAGAUUGAAACAAGAAGUCCCCACAUCUUGUGGUGACAAAUCAACUUCUAAAGGCUACCAAUCUGUUAACAACUUAACUAAAGAUUCUGACCAAAAGUCUCUGAAGGUGAGGAUCAAAGUUGGCUCUGAGAAAUUGUCUACUAGAAAAAAAGCUGAAAUUUACAGUGGACUUGGCCUUGAUGUCUCUCCCUCAUCUUCAUUGGAAGCCAGUCCUGCAGAUAGUAAUGGGUUCUUUCAUGUGCCUCAAGAUGACCAUAAUGAAUCCCCCACUAGUAUUCUCGAGAUAAUGACAUCAUUCCCGGUUUUGGGAAGUCUUGUAUCUCCUCUUCCUUAUGAUGUUUUGCACUUGAUUGAAAAAGAAAAGGGGAGCCAAGAAAGUAGUGUGACAGCUCUUCAUGGAUCUGAUUUGAGUAAAGCUGAUCAAGAUGUUCUUGGAGACUUGUUUGAUAUAGCAAAAGAGGAACCCAUGGAGCCAGUAUUGCCAACAGAUGGUGGUUCAGGUGGAAAGAUUUGGGAAGCUAACAACAUGACUUGUGAUGAAAAGAACCCGGUUUUCUCUAUAAAAACGGAUUCAGAUGUGUCAAUUGGCAGCAAGAUUUUUGAUAGUGGACCAAUGAAGCCUCUAAAGCAGAGGGAUGAUCAGAAAGCUAUGAAAUUGGCUCCAGAUAAAACGUCAUCUUCAGGGGGGAAAAGGAAAUCAAAAGGUGUAGUUAAUGGUUCACAAGGCGGUUUAAAGAAUGAAUCUUUUACAUCUAAAAGUAAGAAUAACGAAGAUCAUAAGAAAAAUAGCGGGAAGGUGAAGGACACCUACAAAGAUUUCUUUGGAGAACUUGAUUUAGAACACGAAGAUGAUGAUGAUGAUGAUGAAAUGGGUUUGGAGAAACCUUCUGGAGGCAAUAAUGGAAAAGUCAAACUGGAAAAUGAUAGUUUAUCCGGAGAGAGAGAAAGAUUAAUUGGAAAGAAAAGUGAAAAACCAUCUUUACAUGCGACUACAAUGGGCAAUGGGCUAGUUUCUGAUGCAGCUGUCCCUAUGGUAGCUCCUGUAGUGAAUGAAGAUUGGGUUUGUUGUGAUAAAUGUGAGAAAUGGAGACUUCUUCCACCUGGUGUAAAUCCCAGCAGCCUUCCUGAGAAGUGGCUCUGUAGCAUGCUUGAUUGGCUGCCUGGAAUGAAUCGGUGUAGCAUCAGUGAGGAAGAAACAACAAAGGCUAUGAUCUCUCGUGUUCCUGGUCCUUCUGUUCAAGGUGUUCAACCUGUUCAUCCUGGUGGACCUCAAUUAGUAGUGAUCUCACAUGAUCCUGAUGGGACCCACCAGCAUUUCGGUUCACAAAUUCCACAUGCUGGUUUCAAGAAAAAACAUGGAUCAAAAGAUCUGCCAAAUGAAGUCAAGCUGGAUAGGCCCUCCAUGUCUUCCAACUCUUCAAAAAAGAACCUUCAUGCCUCAUAUAGAAGCAGAAGCCUGAAUGCCACAAACCCUUCACCUGUUAAUGGAAUAGAUUUUCAAGAUUCUGGUCAGUCAAGGGACGUGAAUGUGGUUGGACAAAAGAAAAAACUGGAUGAAGGUAACAAUAACCAUCACUCCAAGAUCAGCAACAAAAGAGAGAGUACUCAAGAUUUCCCCAAAGAUUGCAAGAAAGUCAAGACCAAUGUUGAGGAUGGAACAUUCCACAUGGGAAAAUUUGAUAAAAGAGAUGUUGCAAAGAAAAGAAAAAGAGAAAAUGAAGUUGAUGGUGCCCCCAAAUAUGUGAAAGAAACAAGUGAAACCAACCACAAGAGGGAAAAGAAAGCAAAGAUAUUAAAUCCCAAAGAUGAAGGAAUCCCUGCAAGAAAAGGUAAAAACAAUGAAGAUGUGAAAAUGAGGAGCUUGAAGGUGAUAGAUUCUUCAAGAAAAGAUACGGUUAUGGCUGCCACUUCAAGCUCUUCGAAAGUUUCUGGUUCACAUAAAACUAAAACCAAUAAUAACCAAGAAGCAAAAGGGUCACCGGUGGGGUCCGUUUCUUCUUCUCCUCUUCGGAUCUUGAAUAAUCAUAAUAAUAAGAAGAAUAAAGGGGUUGAGCCUUUGAAGAAGAAUGUUUAUGAAGAAAAAUCAAAAGAAGGAAGAAACAAAUCACAAGGUAAGUUUACAAGUGGGAAUGGUAAAACACAUGGGCAAUCAAAGCAUAGGUCAGAUGUUAGAAUGGAUCAAGAUUCAAAGAAAACUUCAAGGAAAGAUGUAACCGGAAAAGGAAAGUCAAAGUCUUUGCCACCAAGGGGUCAAAAUGAAAAAGAAGGUUUUCCACAACCUCUUGAUGAUUCUCGAAAAGAAAACAUGGGAAAUAAUGUGGCAUUAAAGCAUCAUAAGAAAGCUCAGAACAAUAGUGGAAAUCAGCCUAUGAAUGUUAAACAUCCCAGUCCCGCACCCAACAUGCAUAAGGAUAAGGGAAAAGACCAGGAUGCCCCUGUUCUUCUUCUGGUUAGGGAUAUAUCCAAUCAGGCUACAACAAGUGCUCUAAGAGAGGCCACAAAUCUUAAACACACGGCUGAUCGCGUGAAGAAUGGUGGAUCAAGCCUUGAGAGUAGAGGGCUUUAUAUGCAAGCAGCACUUAAGUUUCUUCAUGUAGCUUCUGUGUUUGAAUCCUGCCACAAAGAGACAGGGAGAUAUGGUGAUAUGAUACAGUCGGUGUCCAUAUAUGGUAGCACUGCAAAACUCUGCGAGUAUUGUGCUCAUGAAUAUGAGAGAACCAAGGAGAUGGGCACUGCAGCUUUAGCCUACAAAUGCAUGGAGGUGGCAUACAUGAAAGUCAUCUAUUCUUCACAUGCAACUGCCACCAAAGAUGUGAAUGAGUUGCAAUCAUCUCUUCAGACAGGCGGGUCUCCUUCUUCUUCUGCUGCCUCUGCUUCUGAUGUUGAUAACUUGAACAACCACCCUGCAGCAGCAGCAGCCAUAGCCACUGCUGACAAGGGUGUUAAUACGGGAAAUCAUGUAAUUGCAGCCCAACACAAACCCAACUUUACACGGAUUCUUAGCUUUGCACAGAAUGUGAACUCUGCAAUGGAAGCCUCCAGGAAAUCACGGAUUGCUUUUGCGGGCUCCACUUCAAAAGAGGAGGCCAUUAAAAUUAAAACGGCUCUUGACUUCAACUUUCAUGAUGUUGAGGGAUUGUUGCAUCGGGUACGGGUGGCAAUGGAAGUAAUUAAUAGGUGAUUUGCUUCCUGCUUAUAUAUAUAUAUAUAUAUUUUUUUUUCAAAAAAAAAAAAGAAAAGAAAAGAAAAUCUUUGGAAUUGCUUCCAUGGCAAGGGCUCCACCAACGGGUCCCACGCCUAACAUUUUCCAGAGUAAGGACUAAGGAAGGAAGGUAAGAUGAUGAUGAUGAUGGUGAUGGCCUAGGCUUGACCUCCCUCACUAAGGGCAAGGGAAAUGUGUUGACAGAAAACAAGAUUCAGAAUGGUGAAUUUAGCUUCAUUUUGGUUUCAGAAGCAGAUGCAGUUGAUACCUUUGAAUAUAAUAGAGGAGUUGAGUUAAAUUUCGCUCUGAAACAAAAAGGAAACGGUGUAGUUAUUGCUUAAUGUUUCGGUGAGGAUGGUGAAAAGGAUAAAUGUGGCGGAAAGAUUUCGCAAGGCCAAAGCUCGAAACCAUAGUUAGGAUCAUUAGUAAUUGGACAUAUGUUUAUAUGAUUAAGUCAGAUGUGUAUGUCUUGUGUGCGUUUUAAAUAUUCAAUGCACAAACAUUUUAUGCAAGACAUAGAGGGUUAAUGUCUCAUUUGUUAACAAGAUAAUAUAAUACCACAAUUAAUUAACCACAUAAUGUAACUUAUAUUUACCACAAUAUAA